AGGUAUGUACUUCACGCUGACAUCAAUGUUUUGGAGGCACCUUAUUAUAUAUAUGUAUAUAUAGUGGCGGAUUACUACAAUCCAUGCCACAUGCAAUUAUUUAACCAGCCUCUCGUUGAAUGCUAAUUUCUGAGUCAAACAAUUCGAACUUGUUCAAGUUUUUACUGUUAAUGGCAGGAUCUGAGGCCGCCAAGACAACCACUGUCAUCACCAACACCGACAACACCAUGCCUCAACCAACCAAACCAAUGGCUCGAAGGUUUGUUGGUGUCAGGCAAAGACCGUCGGGACGAUGGGUGGCUGAGAUCAAGGAUUCGUCACAGCGUGUGAGACUCUGGCUAGGCACUUACGAUACUCCUGAAGAAGCUGCCCGUGCUUACGAUGAAGCCGCUCGUGCUCUCCGUGGCGAAAAUGCCCGAACCAAUUUCACAUCGGUUAACCACGGUUCGAAACACCCGGUUUCCGGUUCCUCUCCUUGUAAUAAUGGCCAGCAGCAUGGGCUUAGCUUCUCUUCCUUGAAGGCUAAACUGAGCAAAAACGUACAGAGUAUCAUGGCUAUGAACAGUGAGAACAAGUCGGCGAGAAGUAGAGUGAGUGACCACUUCACUUUUGCCAACAUAUUCCACUUUAGAAACCAUCAUUACCGGAACACGGAUGUUGAUAUGAAAAAUAUUCAAAGAGUGGUGCAACCAAGCAUCAUUGUGCCACACGUGGGCUCCAGCGUUUCGGAUUGUAGCAACGAAUGGAUCGGGUUCCGUCAACAUGGAUUGGAUUCGGACGGGUCGGAUAUCGGUGAAGUGAGCUUCGGUCGUGAUCACCAUGGGUUUGCAGAUGAAAUGAUGGGCUGGGUCGAUAGCCCCGACAAUAAUAAUAUUGGUCCGAGAUUGAUCGAUGAGCAUGGUCAUGGUUCGAGGAGUAAGAGGUUCAAGGUUUCUUCUUCUGUUGUGGUGCCUCCAACAUUUAGUGGGUCGAAGUCAAACCAUAAUUAAAAGCUUAACUACACGUCGUCGCCGUUGUUUUCAGUGAUAUAGAACAUGUAUGUAUAGUUGCAAAAAAACGACAUGGAUCAUGCAAAAGAAGCAAAUUCAUUACACA